CGCCAUGGUGAUAACAGUAGCAGACGUAUUGUGUGUUACAUUCGAAUCAUUGUCAUGAUAUCGGAGUGAGGGAAGAUCAGCAUGGAGGUCCAAGCUCAAUCCGAAUGGGUAUUUAACACUCUGCUAGACUUUUUGAAAGGUCCCGUCUGGAAUAUUCCGAUUCUUACUUUCAUAGAGCAGAAGUCAAUCGUAUUCGAACCCGGAAUCGAUAACGAAAAUGAAUACCAUAAAAUUCAUAAUGAGUAUAAAAACUUGGUCGAUUUUAUGCUGGGUAGUUUCAUGGAAGACACUAACGUAACUCCUGAUUAUUUCGAAGAGGCGUGCGGACAGACAAACAAAGACAUAUCUUCCGAAUUUCAUCGAAGUCUCUUCGAGCAAGUAUGGGCUGCCGAUGAUUACGAAAUAUUCAAGAGGAUGAUGACUCAAAAGAACAUAGAACUGCAGUUACAGGCGCUAGAAGUUCUGGCACAAAAACAGGGCACCGUGCCACAAUCCUUGAUGCCCGAUAGCAAUAGUAAGUUAACUAAAGAGGAAGCCGAAUUAAUGGAAGAAAUCAUGAGAAGAGCCAAAUCGAAUGAAGUUUUAUCCCCUGAAGAGGGUGAAGAUCAAUUUAUAAAGGCUACCUUAGCCGAAAAGGCUCGACUAGAAGCUGAACGCGAUUAUGAAAAACAAAUGUUAGACAAGGCUAUGAAGUUAUCUUUGCAAGAAAUGAAUAACGAAAUCAAAACAAGUUCGAAGAAAAGUCUUCCCCCUCUGAAAACCACAGUUCAAGAAAACUUCUAUACGACUCCCAUCAAAACGGAGGUAAAUCCGGAAGAAGUAAAGAAGCGUCAAGAAUAUUUGAGAAAGCAACGAGAUCGUUUGAUGUCCAUGAAGAAGGAAGAACGAAAGAAGCAAUUGGUUAAGUACACUCAAGAAACGGGCGGAAGUCGCCCAAAAUCUUCCAGAGCAGCUCAGAGAGCCGUUAGCGAGAUGAAAGAAAAUGUAAAUGUGGAUCCUAACACUUUGGCAUUUCGUAAAUCUCUAGCGGAUCGACUGAAAUCGGAAGUGGUGGUCAAUCAAACACUUUGAUGCAGGAAACACCAGAAUUAAGUCAGUUUCUGCACCCACAAAACUAAAAAUCUUGGAUUAACCAUGCCUUAGAUAGGGAAACAUCACUCCCUUCAAAACUUUCAUAGCACUAAACAUAAUAUAAAACUAUAAAUAUACUUAUAU